AUGUCUAUGAUCACAGCAACAACGUGGGUGCCGCGAGGCUACGCGGCGCCCUUCCCGACAAAGUACCAGUUUGACGAGGAGGAAUUUGAGCGCAUCUCCAAACUCGCCAAGCUGGAACUCGACGACGCAAAGGAUGAUCUCGCUGAAGCCCAAGCAGAGUUGACUGGAGAGAAGGUCCCUAAGAAGGAUGAGAGUGAUGAUGAUGACGAGGACGACGAGAUGCAUGCGACCGGUGCUGCGACGCAAGAUAUCGAUCUCCAGGAUGACGACUUGAAGGAGUACGACCUUGAAAACUACGACAACGACGAUGCUGAGGAGAACGAAAACGGAGAAAACAAUGGCUCUCUGAGCAUGUUCGGAAACGUACGCAACCUGGCAUACCACGGCUCCAACGCCGAAGACCCAUACAUCACACUCAAGGAAGGCGAGGAGUCAGACGACGAGGAGCGCGAGGAGAUGCAGAUCUUGCCCACCGACAACAUGCUGCUGGCCGCCCGCAUCGAAGACGAGGUCGCCCAUCUCGAGUGCUACGUCUACGAGGACGAUGCCGACAACCUGUACGUUCACCACGAUAUCAUGCUGCCCGCCAUUCCGCUGGCCGUCGAAUGGCUCAACAUGCCCAUCUCCAAGCCUGGUGAGCCCGUGCCUGAGGGUCAAAAGGCAAACUUCGUCGCCGUUGGUACCAUGGACCCGGAUAUCGAGAUUUGGGAUCUUGACACUGUCGACUGCAUGUAUCCCAAUGCCGUCCUCGGUCAGGGCACCGCAGAGAUCUCAGCAGGACCCACCAUGCCCGGCUCCAAGAAAAAGAAGAAGAGAAAGAGCAAGCAGAUCAACGACAAAUACCACAUCGAUUCGGUCCUCGCCCUGUCAGCCAACCGCUUCCACCGCAACUUGCUGGCCUCGGCCUCGGCCGAUUGCACCGUCAAGCUCUGGGACCUCAGCACACAACAAUGCGCAAAGUCCUACAACGACUUCCACACCGACAAAGUCUGCGCCCUCCACUUCCACCCCUUCGAAGCCCACUCCACCGUCCUCCUAACCGGCUCCUACGACCGUACUGUCUGUGUCGCCGACCUGCGUGCCGCAGAAGGCACUAAGCCCAAGCGCUGGGGCGUCGACUCGGACGUCGAGCAAGUCCGCUGGGACCCUCACAACGAGCACGUCUUCUACGUCUCGACAGAAAGCGGUAUCCUGUACGCCUUUGACGCUCGCAACCCACCCUCAUCCCCCGAAAAGACACAAGCCAUCUGGCGCCUGCAAGCCCACGAAGCUUCCCUUUCGUCCUUCGCCCUCAACCCCACUGUCCCUGGUUUCAUUGCCACCGCAUCCACCGACCGCACAGUCAAACUCUGGAACAUUGAUCAAACCACCAACCAACCUUCCAUGGUCGUCUCACGCGACCUCGGUGUCGGUCGUGUAUUCUCUGCAAACUUUGCUCCUGACGAGGCAGUCGCUUUCCGUCUUUCAGUUGCGGGAUCAAAGGGUGCUGUCCAGGUCUGGGAUACCAGCACCAACAGAGCCGUCCGUGAAGCCUUUGCUGGCCGUGUCAAGGGCAUUGACGCCACAGAGGUCAAGGAGAGACUCGUCGCUGUUGCCAACGAUGAAGAGGAGAGUGACAGCGAUGAGGACGAGGAGAACGAGGAUGAGGCUGGUGCUGAUGAGCGCGGUUGGGAGAGCAUGUCGGAGUAA